UCUAAUCGCGAAUUGGCGCAUGUUUUAGUAAAUUUUAACAAAACAUUGGAAUUUAAAUUGGAAUUUGUUUACUAUAAAUAUGGAUAUUAUUUGCUAAAGUUAUUGGUGAAUAUAAUCGCGGUGGUAAUGGGGAAUUCUGGAUUACCAUCGGGAAAAAAACAAGAUAAUGAAAAACAUAGUAAAGGAUAUGGAGAAGAAAAUGAUGAAAAAUCGAGUUCAAAGACAAGUGAUUACUCACGACGAUCAACAACAUCAAGAACAUCAAAAAAAGAAUCAUCGAGAAAAUCGAAUAAGCAUCCUGGUCAACAAUGGUCAGCUUCAUCGAGAAAAGAAAGAUCGUCACAUUCACGUACAUCAAAAAGGGACAUAAAAUUAUCACCAUCAACAAAAAACAAAAGAGAAUCUUCACGUACAAGCAAAACUAGAAAGAAAAGAGAAUCUUCACGUACAAGCAAAUCUAGAAAGAAAAGAGAAUCUUCACGUACAAGCAAAUCUAGAAAGAAAAAUGAAUCAUCAAUGAUAAACAAAUUGAAAGUGGGAAAAGAUUCACCACCGAUAAACUUAUUAAAAUUGGGAAAAGAGUCACCCGCGAUAAAAUUGAAAAAUUCACCACUACUAGAUACAUUGAAAAAGGAAAAAGAUUUAUCACUGUUUGACUCAUUGGCAAAGAUGAAAGAAUUAUCAUUGUUAGACGCAUUGAAAAAGAUGAAAGAAUCAUCAUUGUUGAACGCAUUAAAAACGAAAAAAGAUUCAUUACCUAUAGACAUGUCAAAAAAAGAAAUAUCAUUGUUAAACGCAUUAAAAACGAAAAAAGAUUCAUCACCAAUGGAAAUGUCAAAAAAGAAAAAGGAAAUGUCUUUGUUGAACGCAUUGAAAACAAAAAAAGAGUUAUCACCAAUGGACAUGUCAAAAAAGAAAAAGGAAAUAUCAUUGAAUUGA